GAGUUAAUUUUGUCAUGACUWCUCGGAUCAAUAAGUCUUAUUUUGAAAAGCAAACUUUACUCAGGAAGUGACGCAAGCGAAAACAACUUCUCUUUGUAGUGCAGUUCCGCUAAUUGUAGUCCAAACUCCACUGUUCGCUUGCUGACGUCACAGGUUCUUCCAGAAGCCGUCUCGCGUUCGUGUUAGGACUUUCGGUUCGGUUCUGGUUCUGGUUCCGAGGCGGGAUGUCGGUUUUAAACACGGCUCUUCACGAGCAGCUGGCCAUCAUCAUGGCCGCGCUGACCAAGGCGGCGGUGGCGGAGAUCUGCGAGGUGGUGGACGAGGGCUACGCGGCGCUGCAGCAGGAGAUCACCCGGAGCCACAAGGAGAACCAGGACCUGAGGAAGAAACUGCACCUCAUCGAGUCCAUCGUGGUCCCGGGAGGAGGCGGGGGGAAGACCGAGGGGAGCACGGUGGGCACCCCGCAGCAGCAGCCGGACAGAGAGCGAGGAGAAGCGGCUGCCGCCUCCGGAGCAGCCGCGGGGGAGGAGCGGCAGGAGCUUCCAGAGGUGGUCCUGAUUAAAGAUGAAGACUCCGACAGCGAUGACAUCAUGGAGGAAGGUAACAGAAGGUCUGCAGGCGGCGACGCAGUGGCAGCGGUGGCGGUCAGAGAAGCCGUGCGUUCGACUCCGGGCAGCUGGCCCAGGCAGCGGCGGCGCAGUCAAGGAAACGGUGAAGAUCUCGAGGCGUCUUCAUCAGAGAGUCAGCUGACGGCAGCGCCGCAGAGGAACGUCUCCGUCUUCUCCCUGGACUCGCCCCGCAGCGAGCCGGGCCGCUCCUCUCCGCUCCUGGAGGAGGUCCAGGUGGAGGCCGGCGAGUCCAGCUGCUCCUACUCCACCCAGAUGGAGGUCCACCUGGUCCAGGACUGCUCCCUGGUGUCCCCGAGCUCCGGCGGGCAGGUGUACUACAGUGGUCUGACCGAGUCCACGUCAAACCGAGCAGAGCUGGACCUGAACGUGGACCCGGUCUGGACCAAAGCGUCCAAAAGUCCCGYGGGGUUCCCUCCGUUUCAUCAGCGCGAACACGUGGACAGAGACUCCUUUGGGCUGAAGCUGGUCAGCGUCUCUGGAUCYGGACCCCAGGACUGCAAGGCGUCCGGCAGCAGGAGCUCGUUCCAGUACCAGGMCGGUGCCGGAGUCCUGACCUUCGGUCUCUACGGGGACCACCCGGGCCARGCCCUACCGGUCCCCGCCUCCCAGAGGAAGAGCUACAUCUGCUCGGUCUGCAGCAAGACCUACGCUAACGCUCAGAACCUGGAGGUCCACAUGAGGAUCCACACGGGCGAGCGGCCCUUCACCUGCGACCACUGYGGCAAAAAGUUCACCCAGUCGUCCCACCUGAAGUCCCACCUGAACGUCCACCGACAGGACCGCUCCUUCCUCUGCUCCGUCUGCUCCAAGAGCUUCAUCAGCAAGUACAGCCUGAAGCUGCACAUGAAGAAGAGCCACCUGGACCCGAGGCCAGCGGGUCCAGAGGGUCCUGGACUGAGUGCUAACGGGUCCAGAGGGUCCUGGACUGAGGGCUAACGGGUCCAGAGGGUCCUGGACUGAGGGCUAAAGGGUCCAGAGGGUCCUGGACUGAGGGCUAACAGGUCCAGAAGGUCCUGAACUGAGGGCUAAUGGGUCCAGAGGGUCCUGGGCUGAGAGGAAACAGAUCCAGAGGGUCCUGAACUGAGUGCUAACAGGUCCAGAGGGUCCCGGACUGAGGGCUAAAGGGUCCAGAGGGUCCCGGACUGAGGGCUAAAGGGUCCAGAGGGUCCUGGACUGAGGGCUAACAGGUCCAGAGGGUCCUGGACUGAGGGCUAACAGGUCCAGAGGGUCCUGGACUGAGGG